CGUUCCUUCCUAGUUGGCUUUGGCUGGAGUGGGAAUCAGCUGUUAGCAAACUAGCGGUCUCAAAUCUGAGCAUUAGACAUUUCUGUGUACGGUGAACGGCCAUACCUGGGACAUUUGCUUAGACGAAGGAAUUCGGCAUAUUCUCAGACUGCAAUGCACCGCAAGAAUAGCUAGAUCAAGUGGACCGGCAGAAGUAGCCAGUUAGGAGUAGGCAAUUAGCUGAAGCCUGGAUUAGCGUUAGCCAUAGGGCUAGCUAGCAAUAGCUUGCCAGCUAGCUGCUACUAGCUAGCAAACUACGUCUGGUUUACGAAGACCAGAUUAAUGGUGUUUAACGUUGUAUCGGCUGUCUGGCUGUCUAGCUGGCUUGCUAGCUAGCUAGCAGUUUAAGACCGAAUGUAACGUGUUGCCAUUAAAAGGGUUAAACCAGUGUCCUAGCGUUGCCAGCCUAGAUUAGUUUACAGUGGUCAAGCCUGUAUCUGGCCGACGUAUCAAUGCGCUACUCGCCAUGCCUCUGCGCACACGCCCUGAAAAGGAUAGGGUUUCAGUUGUUCAGUUUGAAUGGUGUGUAGUAGAUAUGAACCCCAAUAUGUGGCUGCUACUCAUGUAUUUAAAAUUGAAUGUUUCAUUUUGAGUCCAGGCAUCACUGACAGGGGUUCUGUCUGUUAUAGACGAGUGAACGGUUUUCUUUCAGUUUUAUAGGGUGUAGUCAGUGGUAGGACUUUAGCCAAUUGUUCAAUCAUGGGGGCUACAGUGUCAUGCUGCAUGUCCCCCGGUGGGAGUCCAAAGCUUGCGAGGAGAGCCGUCGAGCUCGACGACUACCCAAUAACCACCACCGCCGACGACGUAAGCGAGGACACGGGCACCUAUCUGCAGCACAUCAGCGAUAGAGAGGUCCCGGAUGAAUUGGCACAGGAGUCCAACCCAUCCGAUAAUGCCAGAGCCAGCACAAUCUUCCUCAACAAGUCACAGACUGAUGUGCGGGAGAAAAGGAAAAGUAACUACUUAAGUAAUCACAUGUCUCCUGGGUUGCUAUCUAAAAAGUACAGCUCCUGCUCCACAAUAUUCCUUGAUGAUAGCACGGUCAGCCUGCCCAACCUGAAGAGUACGGUCAAAUGUGUCACGUUGGCUAUAUACUAUCACAUAAAAAACAGGGAUUCAAACCGUUCUCUGGACAUUUUUGAUGAGAAGAUCCACCCAUUAACGAGGGAGAAGGUUCCAGAAGACUACUACAGCGUGGACCCUGAACACAAGCUCAUCUACCGCUUCGUCCGCACGCUGUUCAGCUCGGCCCAGCUGACCGCUGAGUGUGCCAUCGUCACCCUGGUGUACCUGGAGCGUCUGCUGACCUAUGCAGAGAUGGACAUCUGUCCGUGCAACUGGAAGCGUAUCGUCCUGGGAGCCAUCCUACUGGCCUCCAAGGUGUGGGACGACCAGGCCGUGUGGAACGUAGACUACUGCCAGAUCCUCAAGGACAUCACCGUGGAGGACAUGAACGAGAUGGAGAGGCACUUCCUGGAGCUGCUUCAGUUCAACAUCAACGUGCCAGCCAGCGUCUACGCCAAGUACUACUUUGACCUGCGCUCCCUGGCCGAUGACAACAACCUCAACUUCCCCCUGGAGCCACUUGACAACCAGCGAGCCACCAAACUGGAGGCUAUCUCCAGACUGUGUGAGGACAGAUACAAGGAUCUGGGCAAGGUGACCAUAAGGAAGUCCCUCAGCGCAGACAAUCUUGUGGGUGUCCGAACCACCCACGCUGUGCUGUCGUAAAUCUGGACCUGGGACUGCUACACACACUGGACAGGCGGAGGAUGAACCGAAGGCCUUCUGGUCUCUUUUCCCAAUCCCCCCAAACCAGACAUUCACACUGGCACCAUCCACACACACAGCCGGUCCCAAAUCGCUUCCUACCCCCCCCUGCACUGCUUAUACUUACCCAGACCCUCCAGAUCUACAAACAUGGAGGGGUUAGGGAGUGACUGACUGACACCACACACUGACCAUGGUGAUGAAGCCUCCAACUACCCUGUGGUGUAGUUUGGCAGACGGACGGACGGACAGAGUGACGUAGAAGGACGGUUUUUCUUUGCUUACUGUGUAGGCCCUUUAGCUGUGGAAUGUAUCAGUUUUUAAUUGAACAUAUUUUCAGUUGCUGUUUAUUUCAAAUAAACCGUAAUAAACUAGAAAUUCUA